AUGACUACAACAGCAAAAAGCUCUGGGGCAUUCACCGCCUCCUCCCGGAACUCUGAUUUGGAAAGCAGAUUACUUUUCCCUUCUUUUCUCAGGUCUGAAGGACCCAGAGUAAUAGUUCGGCCAUCCUUCUUGAAGGAUGGGCUGGACGAGUUCGGCCCGGUCCGUGGGUUUGAUGUCCCUUUUGACGGAGUGGGAGAUUGGGAUCCGUUUGCCAUACCCCCUCACGAUGGUGAGAUGACUAGCCUGGAUACUAGUCUCGCCCAAUCCGGACAUCAGCACAUACCCACAGCACCCGAACCUUCAGUGGCUGAGCCUAAUCCGGAGCCGGAGGAAUCACAGGCAGGGUAUGAUCCCAUGGAUGUGGAUCUAGGUGUAGUGCCAGAGGAGGGACCCAGAGAAGAAGACCCCAAGGAAGAGCCUGAAGAGGCACCGGAAGAAGAACCCGAAGAUGAACCAGAAGAAGAUCAAGAAGUAGAGCCAGAAGAGAAACCAGAAGGAGAUCUGGAAUUAGAACAAGAAGAGCAACUUGAGGAUGAGCCAAAGGAAGAGCCAGAUGAGGAGUCCGAAGAGGAAGAGUGGAUUGAAGUUUCGCUAGAGUCGGGUGAUGAGGACAACCCGAUUGAGAUCGAGGCUGAUUCAGAGUCCUCAAAGGAGCUGGUUGAUCAGGGGGUUUCAGAUUUGGAUUCCGGGGAGACUGAAUCGGAGUGGACGUCGUCUAGCGGGCGUAGGGGCUAG